UAGGCCUUCCCCUUGUCAUCAGCCUCAGCGAAAACCGCCUGUCCCCGCGGCUUUAUUGUCGGUUUCCAAUUGAAGUUUGCUCGUCCACUCCCACGAGCACACCCACUCACGCCACCACUAUUCCACUUCAAAUCUCUCUCUCUCUCUCUCUCUCUCUCUCUCUCUCUCUCUCUCUCGUGUAAGAACAGAGACCACGCAGGCUCAGCAGUUACAUGUUUAUGCCGCUUUAAAAGGGUUUUCGCCUUUAAACUUUUUUGCUCUUCUCGGCUAUACUCUUUUGCUGCAAUUUUACUCGCUGCAGAUUGCUCUCUUCCACCGGAUUCUGCCGUUUCGGGUUUAAGGUUGGGUUUAAUUGCUGCUCUUCCAGUGUAGACCCCACAAAUUUUCUUUUCUGUUCUGACUUCUGAGUGUGUGAUUAAAGCGAAGAGUAAAGUAAAGACAACCCACAACCCAGCUCCUCUGCUACUGUUCAAAGACCCCCUUUUUGAGUUUUUCUCUACGUGCCAUUUUAUCCUUGGCUUGGGAAGACGAUGGAGAAGGCAUCGUCAUAAGAACCAACGCCAACAAAUUAACACCAUGACCCACUUUGAGUUCUUCAAAAAGCUCAAGCGUUUGAACCCUCUCGAGCCCUCUUUCGGUAUUCUCUGGCUCUUCUUCGUUGCCGUCUUCCUCGUUGCCUUUUUCUUUCACUUGGAUGAACGGGUUGUCCCUCGGGCCCCGCAUGGCCGGCUGGAGACCAACAGGAUUCCUUGGCUUCGCCCUGAUGGAUCGCCGCCCAACGGGAAUGGACGUCCGGGAUUCCUCGAAAAUGGUGGUGAUGGGUGUGAUUUGUUUGACGGCACUUGGGUUUGGGAUGAAAGUUAUCCUCUGUAUCAGUCCAAAGGUUGUGAUUUUUUGGAUGAAGGCUUUCGCUGUUCUGAGAAUGGGAGGCCUGAUAAUUUCUACACUAAGUGGCGCUGGCAGCCCAAAGAUUGCAACUUGCCCAGAUUUAAUGCAACGAAAAUGUUGGAAAAUCUGCGGAAUCAUCGGGUUGUUUUUGUGGGGGACUCAAUUGGGAGAAACCAAUGGGAGUCUCUUCUCUGCAUGCUCUUUCCUGCAGUUUCUGAUAAGGCAUCAAUAUAUGAAGUGAAUGGAAGUCCCAUCACAAAACACACAGGGUUCUUGGUGUUCAAGUUUAGAGAUUUUAACUGCACCAUUGAGUAUUAUAGAGCCCCGUUUCUCGUUCUGCAGAGCCGAAAACCAAUCGGAGCUCCUGAAAAUGUAAAGACUACGGUGAAGCUAGAUAAAAUGGACUGGAGCUCCUACCGCUGGAAAGAUGCUGAUGUGAUCAUCUUUAACACUGGGCAUUGGUGGAAUAAUGAGAAGACCAUCAGAGGGGGUUGUUACUUCCAAGAAGGAGAGGAGGUGAAGAUGGAUAUGAGCGUAGAAAGUGCCUAUGAGAGGUCAAUUGAGACGGUGAUUGAUUGGAUAGGUAGUGAAGUAAAUAUGAACAAAACUCGGGUCUUCUUUCGAACCUAUGCUCCUGUACAUUUCAGAGGUGAUGACUGGAGGAAUGGUGGUACCUGUCACUUGGAAACACUACCAGAUUUGAGUUCUUCUCCAGUUCUAUAUCAAAUGUUGACUCAUUUCAAGAUUGCUGUUGAUGUGUUAUCCAAGCACGCAGACAAGCCACAAGUGAAGAAAUUGGAUUUGUUAAAUGUGACGUACAUGACAUCACAGAGGAAAGAUGCUCACUCGUCUUUGUAUUAUCUGGGUCCUGAGAUUGGACCUGCACCUGUCCACCGACAAGACUGCAGCCACUGGUGCUUGCCAGGUGUCCCUGAUUCAUGGAAUGAGCUUCUUUAUGCACUUUUCCUCAAGCAGGAGUCAAUAAAUUUGCAAAAUUCCACAGAGCUGUCUCAGGCUCAGGUGUGAUGGACAAGGAUGUUGGUGAAUGCUCUGAUUGUCUGAACUUGCUCAAGGACUCCAGUUUGUGGGGAGAGCUGGAUAUGCUCACAGCUAACAUGACUUGAUUUUUUUUUUUUUUUGACAUUUGAAGAAGGGAUGUAUGCUUGCAUUUCUAACAUGAGGUUUUGACAAGAGCUGAAGCAGCUGAUAUUAUGGAAUUAUGACAAGGUGAAGCUGAGAGCUUCGUGGUGUUUUUCUUGGGGGGCAGGGGGUUGUCUUCUUUGGUUCCUUGAUUGAUGAAUUAUACUUCAUAUCAUUGUAUGGAGUGAGGAAGGUGCUGUGAAAAUAUGAAAAUAAAAUGAUUUACUUGCUCCUUUGGUGGAGGUACUGCUCCGGAUGGUGAUGUGAGCCCAUUGAUGAUCAGGAGGGGAAGCCAAUAUGCAUGAAGCGUACAGGAAUUGAACUUGAGAGUUUUCCAUUGUUGGAGGGUUUCCAUUCGUGGCAAGAUGCCAGCAGUUGAUAUGUAAUGAUGCCAAAUUUUUGAGACAGGAAUUGAACUUGAGAGUUUGCCAUUGUCAGAACUGUACGUGCAAAGAUGUGAUUGUUAUAUGUUGAGGAAUUCUUCAAAGGGUUCAAAUACAAAGUCAGUGGCAUCUUUGUCAUAUUUUAUGUAGAGAAGCUGAAAUGGAAAAGGAUAUAAAUGCGUUCUCAUAUUUCACAUUUUUUUUACCAUCACAUUACAAAACAUUAGAAGUUUCAUUGUGUAUUGGAUAUAUCUUAUAAUGAAAAUGGGAUAGUUUUAAAGAGCUUCUCGAGGAUACACUUAUUUUGUAUUUA